AUGUAUUGGUAUGAAAAUGAAUAUACAACUAAUGUACAAACAUGUUGGACAUGGGAUCAAGCUGUUUUAUAUUCAGCAGUUGUUUCAGCUACUGAUCCUGUUUCUGUUGUUAGUUUACUUAAAUCCAUGACAUCAUUAAAAACAUUAUCAACUAUAAUUGAAGGUGAAUCAUUACUUAAUGAUGCAGCUGCUAUAACUAUAUAUACAUUAGUAAAAAAUUUAAUUUAUGAAACAUUUAAAUCUGAUAAAAAUCUUUUACAACAAACACGAGCAACUCUUUUAGGUAUUAAUGCUGAACAAUGUUCGAAUGCUGUAAGAUUUCUUAUCAAACGUAAAAUAACUGCUAUUUAUCUUCUUAAAUUUAUAUUAAAAACUAUUGCAACAGCUAUUAUCAUUGGUUAUGUAAUGGCACAUAUAACAAUAUUUACUUUAUAUCGUAUGGAAGCUGGUGAAUUUGAAACAUGUAUAACAAUUACAAUGUCUUAUUUUGUUUAUUUAACAUGUGAAACUAUUGAAGCAUCAGGUGUUAUUGGUGUUGUAUUACUUGGUUUAACAUUAAAUAUGAAUCGUUCAUGUUUUAGUGUUUCAGCUAUUCAUAUAUCAAAACAAACAUGGGAAUUACUUGCAUAUAUAUCUAAUUCACUUAUAUUUAUAACUGUUGGUGUUAUUUUACUUAAAACAUAUAGUGAAAAUCAUAAAAUGUUAUCAUUAUUAAGUUCAAUUCCACAAUUAUUAUUAAUUUAUAUUAUAUUAAUACUUGUUCGUGCUAUAAUGAUACUUGGUAUACAUUUUAUAUUAAAACAUAUUGCAUAUGGUUUUACAUGGAAAGAUUCUAUUGUAACAAUAUGGUCUGGUUUACGUGGUGGUGUAAGUCUUGUUCUUGCAUUAACACUUUUUAAUAGUACAAUUAAAGAUCAAUAUCAAGCAGAAAUAAUGCUUAUUCAUACAACAGCUAUUGUUUUUCUAACAUGUACAGUAAAUGCUUUAACAAUACCAAAUAUUGUUCAUAUAUUACGAUUAGAUCAAACAUCUGAAUUAAUAAAACAAACAAUGAUACAAAUAAUAAAAGAAUUAAAAAUUAAACAAAAUGAAAUGAUUCAAUAUUUAAAAAAAAAUCCUAUAUUAGCUACAGCUGAUUGGCUUUUUGUACAAAAAGCUAUUGAUAUACAAUCACCAUUUAAUGAAAAACAAGAAGAAUCAAUUAAAGAUAAUUUAUUUUCAAGACGUCAUAUUGAUCAAAUAAAAUGUGAUUAUUGUCAAGCUUAUGUUACAAUACCUAUAUCAAAAUUUGAAUUUAAACAAACAUUUGAAGAUUGUCGAGUACGAAUUUUAAGAUUGCAAAAGACACAUUUUUGGUUGAAUUAUUACAAUGGUCAAUUAUCAUCCUAUGGUCUUCAUACAUUAAAUUCUCUAUGUGAUAGAGCUAUGGAUACACAUAAAAAAUUAAUUGAUUUAAAAACUAUUAAAGCUCAUAUAAUUGGUAAAAGUCGUUUACGAUCUUUAUUAAAUAUUAUACGUAAUAUUACACGAAAAUGGCAAAAAUAUUUGCCUUGGUAUUAUUCAAAAAAUCAACAACAUCAACAUCAACAUAAAAUUAAUAUUAAUAAUAACAAUAAUCAAUUACAAAUAUCUAUAGGAAAAAUUCAAUAUUGGUGUAAAAUAUUAUUUAGAAAAUUAUUUCAUUAUUUACUAAUAUCAUUUCUUAUUAUGUUUAUUGAAUGUACAAUUAUUAUUUAUCAAUUUCAUACAAAUCUUUGUAAUAGAUUAUUAAAUAAAAAUUUAAUUAAAUUACAUUUAAUAUUAGAAAUAAUAUCUUGUCUAUUACUUUUAUAUGAUUAUAUUCAAUUAUAUUAUUGGUUCAAACAAAAUAAACAACGAAUAUUUCAUAUAUUAAUAUUUAUUUGGAUUAUUCUAUAUUUAUUUGCUAUUAUAUGUCGUUUUUUAAGUUGUAUUAUUUAUUUUAUAUUAUUUAUAAUUGGAUCAACAAAAAAUUUAUGUAUUAUUUUUUAUAUUUUAAAAAGUUUAAGUUUAAUUGAAUGUAUUAUUUUAUGUUUAUUUCUUAUUGAACCUAUUCAAUUAUUUGUUGAUUAUAUGCUUAAUCGAUAUGUUAGUAUUAGUUAUGAUAUUGGUUUAGCAUAUAUUUCUUCAGAAGAACAAGCACUUAGAAUAAUACAUCGAUUAACUGAUAAUGAAAUUAUUCGUAUUCGUUUACGUGAACUUUCACUUCAACAUAUAAAAAAUGUUUUAAAUGAUGUACUUAUAAUGCAAGAAGAUCAUCCGGGUACUGUUAUUAGUAUAAAAACACAUCAUACUCUCAAUCUUUUAUAUAAUACAGCUAAACAAGGUAUAACACAAAUACGUUCUCGAGGUGUACUUGAUAAUGAUGAUUGUAAUCUAUUGGAACAAUUAUUAAAAAAUAUGCAUGUUUAUCUUCAUAUUCCAUCAACUAUGCCACCUGCAUCACCAAUAAUUGCUAUACAUAAUUUAGCAUGGCUUUUUUCAAAUGAACAAUUAACUAUUCAACAAAAAUAUGAAAUUGAAGAAAAAAUUCUUCAAGCUUUACCUAAUGAAAAUAUAAAACGUUUUGAAAAUGAAUCAUUAUUACAUCCACAAACUGUUUCUUGGCAAGAUUUUUUAUGGCAUAAAAAUGAUAAAAUUCAUGGUAUUUAUUUAUUAGUUAAUGGUAUUAUUGAAGAAUGGAAACUUGAUCCAUAUGAUAUUGAUGCAUAUCAUUAUGAAAUACGUUCAAAAGAAAUUAAUCGUACAAGACAAACAAUAACAACAACAACACAACAAAUAUUAAGUCCAAAUCAUUUAAAACAUGUUCAUUAUUCAUCAGAAUAUCAACAAUCUAUAUCAAAAAAUCAAAAAGAUUUGCAAUAUUCAUUAGUAAAUGAAAAUAUUGAACAAUCAAAUAUUAAUGAAAUUUUUUCUGAUGCAUUAUCUCAAAUAGAAUCUACAACUUCUAGAGAAACUGAUUCUCUUUUGAAAGAUCAAUCUAUUAAUACAUUUGAAAAAGAUACAAAAUUUAUAAAUAUGGAUAAUAUGUUGUACAAUAAAACAUCUCAUUAUGAUUAUUUAAAAUCAACAACAGGUGUUCGUGUUGCAUUUGAAGAUGGUUUCUAUAUGAGAUGGCAUCAUUUAAUAACAACUCCAAUAAAUGAUAAAUUUAAUGAUCAUUCUAUAACAGUUGAUGAUGAUAUUCAUCAAUAUUAUUAUCAUACAAAAUCUGAAGAAAAUUUUGAUGAACUUUUCAAUGAAACAUUUGAUAAAUAUCGUCAAAUGCAUCCAGCUACUUCUGAACGAAUUCAUCGUCGUUAUUCUUAUAGUUCAGGUGAUUGUAUUGGUCUCUAUGAUUUUCUUAUUAGUAAUGGAGAAAAAUAUGAAUCAACUGCAAAAUGUUUAACUAAUGUUACUGUUUUUUUUAUUUCAAAAGAAAAAUUAUUUGAAAUUUUAAAUACAUAUUCAUUAUGGAAUGCACUUUGGCUUGAAAUAGGUAUACAAUUGGCAUUACGUAUUUUGCCUGAUAUUCAAGCAUUUCAAUAUUCAUCAAUAAAAUCAAAUAAUAAUCGUUCAAUAGUUGAUUUUACUUUAAUUGAUAAACGAUUAUUAAAUUCAGGUUUACUUAUUUAUAAUGAAAUGACAUGUACUUCGGAUGAUAUUAUUCAUAUAAAUGAAGAUCUUCUACUUAUUGCUGGUUCUGUUCGUAAUCAAAUUAGUAAAUAUGUUUAUGAAGCACCAAUAUUUAUAAAACGUUCUUUAAGUAAACAAGGUUUAAAAUUACUUGAAGGUCGUUCAAUUACUAAAAUUCUUGUUUUACCAAAAGUAAUAACAACUAUAAAUAUGAAUAAUAUUUUUACGGAUAAUUCAUUAAUACAUCAUAUACUUGAUAUUGAAAUGAAACGAAAUUUUAGUCAACGAUCAACUGAUAAGAAUUAUAAAACAAUAUAG